UUUCACGUUUUUUUGAUUUUAAGUUUCCUAUCACUUUUCAAGUCCUUCUGAAUCCUUUUCAAAAUCUUUCGAAAAUAUCCUACAGGAAAUGAGUCAUCGUCGACGUCGUUCGGCCCAUUAUCAAAAUUUAUCGGAUAAAUAUUUGAUUGGGAAGACAGACAUCGAAGCGGAAUGUUUUCAUCGGCAAUAUUAUCAUAUGUAUAGAGCAAGGGUUAAACUGUUGCAGAAACGAAUCAUCGAUAACGCAAAACAGUUACUUGGUAUCAUAUCACUGAAAAGUAUGAAGCAAAGCUAA